GCUUAGACUUAAUUUUUUUUGAGAGUUGCAUAGGAAAGGGUGGACAAUAUAUUAGGAGUAGGUUCUUUUGCAAGAUAAGACAUUAUGUAGGUGGCAGAACAAUUUUAAGUAAUUGCUCCCUUUUCCAUAUCCUCUUUGAACAUGUUUUUUGGGAAAAUUUUGUUUUUGCCACUAUAAAUUUUGCCAAUUUUGCUUAUGUCACACUAAAAUUUGAUAUUUCACUUUUGCCACUCUUGCUUUUGACAAUGUAUCACAAUUGUCAUUAACAUGACGAGCCAACCACUUAUAUCAUAGGAGAAAAACAUUUUGCUAACCAAAUAUGGACAUGGCCGAGCUAACCACUUAUCGGUGCGUGUUAUCAUCCGGUUUUUAAAAAACCUUUUCCUUUCCGAAUUCCGGUCUAGUUUGCGGCUCCGACCCCAACUCGUCGUCGGCCUCGAUCCGAUCUACUUAUAGUAGAUCCCCCUAGUCCUCUCUCGUAACCUAGGAACACCGUGCGAGCACAGCUGUAGCUACGUGAUACGCACGGAGAAGUACCGACCGAACGUGCUGCACAACAGCAACACGAGGGAGACGAUCAUGGACAGCGUGUUCGGCGUGGUGGGCGGCGGCUUCGCGGUGGUGGCCGCCGGCACCUCCGCCGCGGGAAGAAGCGUCGUGUUCAUCAACCCCGACAACGACAGGGUCACGAGCCUCGGCUCCAAACUGCUUCUCGGCGUGUCCGGCGUCCCCGGAGACUGCCUGCGGUUAAGGGAUGAGGUGAGGGCCAGCACGAGCAAGAUCCACAGCGCCGCCGCGGCUGCUGACGUCGCCCGGGGGGCGGUGAUCGGCUGCGCUCAGUCCGCGAACGCGGUGAUCGCCGGCUACGACAAGGCCGAGGGCCCGACGAUGUACGCCGUAGGCGGCACUGCGCCGCCGGAGCGGGUGGAGCAGUACCGCACCGCUGGGUGCGGGGCGGGCCUCUGCACGGCGGUGAUGGAGAACCACUACCGCCCCGGCAUGACGGUGAAGGAGGCUGUGGCGCUCGUAGACAGGUGCAUCAAGGAGGUCCGGCGGCUCGGGCUGGCUAGCUUCGUGAUCAUGGUCGUGGACAAGGAUGGGGCCAGGGAGUACACCAGGCGUAUACUAAGGCCGAAGGCGGUGAUAGAAAUAAAAUCCAGUCAGGGAACGCCUAUUGUAAGCACGAAUAAUUAAAGUAGUGGUAGUAUAUUUUGCGUAAAAUUUAUAUACAAACUUGUUUGUAAUUUGGAAAUUUAAGUGGGGUUCAUAUACAUGUUCUUUCUCA